CUAGAGAAAGAUAUAAUGGAUGAGCAUGAUAAAAUGCUGCCCAUAGCGAAUGUGGGCCGGAUCAUGAAACAGAUCCUACCACCCACAGCCAAGAUUUCCAAACAAGCCAAGGAGACGAUGCAAGAGUGUGCCUCAGAGUUCAUAGCUUUCGUGACUGGCGAGGCAUCUGAAAAGUGUCGCAGGGAUAAUCGCAAGACAGUAAAUGGAGACGACUUAUGUUGGGCUCUUGCAUCUUUAGGGUUUGAUGACUGCUCCAAUGCGGUUAGGAGGUACUUGAAUAAGUUUAGGGAGUUUGAGAAGGAUAGGGCAGCUGCAAACCGAAUGAAUGAAGAACAUGUUAAUGAAGCUGCCUCUGGACCGUCUAACAGCAGUAAGGAGAUAUCAUUCCUUGUAACUCGUCCCUAGAUUUUUGUUGGCUUAAGAUUAAAAGUUCUCAAAAAAAGCCUUCAAGAGCAUAUGUAACCCUUACCAUUUUCUAAUCUAAGAGUUUCAUUAUCUUU